AUCGAGUUGUUUUUCAAUUUUCAGUGGAUUUUUGACGUUGCUUGUACUUGCUCGUUUUAUCAAGUUGUAAUUCAUGUAGUGCUUAGGUUUCCACAAUGUCUCUAAAAUAAGUAGUUUCGUAAGAACACCCCAUUUUUCCUUUAAAUGACGCCCACGAAAACAACAAAAACUGAAGUAGAAAUGGUGAUACGAAACAGAAAAACUGUUAUGAAAGACGGGAUUAUGACAAUGUCGGGUAUCGGUGAGCCUUCGGUUUUCCACGCAUUGGUGGUCAUCUUCUUGGAGUUUUUCGCGUGGGGCUUACUCACCAUGCCGUUCAUAUCAGUGCUGAACGCGACAUUCCCUGAUCACACGUUUUUAAUGAAUGGAUUGAUAAUGGGUAUCAAGGGCAUUUUGUCGUUCCUGUCAGCGCCCCUCAUCGGCGCUCUGUCCGACGUGUGGGGCCGCAAGUUCUUCCUGCUAGUCACCGUGUUCUUCACCUGCGCGCCGCUGCCGCUAAUGACAAUAAACACUUGGUGGUUCUUUGCGAUGAUAAGCAUCAGCGGAGUGUUUGCUGUGACGUUCUCGAUCGUGUUCGCAUACGUCGCUGAUGUGACGACAGAAGCCGAGCGUUCGCGCGCCUACGGCCUCGUCUCGGCGACGUUCGCGGCGAGCAUGGUGAUCUCGCCUGCGCUGGGCGCCUACUUAAUGGACCUGUACGGGGAGGCGCUAGUGGUCGCCGCGGCAACGGCCGUCGCUGUCCUAGACGUAUUCUUCAUCAUGGUCGCUGUCCCUGAAAGCCUGCCAGAAAAAGUGCGUCCCAGUGGCUGGAGCCCUUCAAUCAGCUGGGAACAAGCAGAUCCCUUCACAGCCUUAAGAAAAGUAGGUGCGGAACCUACAGUGCUUAUGUUGUGCUUAGCAGUGUUUCUGUCAUACUUGCCCGAGGCGGGGCAGUACUCAUGCAUUUUUGUGUACCUAAAACUAGUGAUGGGCUUUGGAGUAGUCCAAGUGGCAAUAUUUAUAGCAAUAGUAGGGGUGCUAAGCAUCGGAGUGCAAGUGAUACUCGGAUUUUUAAUGAAGACUUUAGGAGCAAAGCAUACAAUCAUGGUUGGACUUUUGUUUGAAAUGCUGCAGUUAAUGUGGUACGGCUUCGGAAGCCGAACGUGGAUGAUGUGGGCUGCGGGCAUUCUCGCUGCUCUAGCAUCUCUCACAUACCCAGCAUUUAGUGCAUAUGUAUCAGUGAACAGUCGAGCAGACCGUCAGGGCGUCAUGCAAGGAAUGGUGACAGGUGUUAGGGGACUUUGCAAUGGCCUCGGGCCAGCCAUGUUUGGAGUGAUAUUUUAUUUGUUCCACGUGGAUUUGAAUGAGGACCAUAUCAAGCCAGGCUUAGAUCCUCAGCAUGUAAAUCCAGAUCAGUAUGCUCGCAUAGUGCCCGGUCCUCCGUUUGUGCUGGGAGCUUUAUUGGUUAUUUGUGCUUUACUAGUGGCAGCGUUUCUGCCCGAGGAUGUGUCAGUUGGUAGUAACCGGCGGGCGUCGCCCGUGGACCUGCGGUACGAGAUCGAGCACGGGCGGCGGGUGGCGGGCACGCUGUCGCCGCUGAUGGCGCCCGAGUCCGCCGCCCUCUAGCCCGCAGCGGCGCCGGCCAAAGCGGCCCGCGCGGCCAGCGUGUGACUCUAUGCGAUGAGGCGCUCCGAGCGCUACCAAAGCUAACUCAGUGAGUGAAGUGAGUUCUUUACGAUCCGUUGCACCAACUACAUUCCCGUGAUACAUAUAUAUGUAAACUAUGCUUCAUCUAUCCACUUUUUAAGCUUUAUAUCUAUUUUUUAUAACAUUUCCUGUAGCCUUUGAGGCAUGUACAUAUUUUAUGGAAAUAAAAAAAUCAUUUAAAUCAUUUUACAAGACCUCUCUUUCGGGAUUUCGAGCCAAACAUCACACAACUCGCUAUAUAGUUUGCUUUCAACUAGUGAGCAUAAAUAAAACUUUACAAACUGGAAAGGAGUGUCAAUUUCAAGCAUUAACUUAUAUUCUGGAUCAUGGUGGCAUCACAUCUCACUACAUAUUAGGGAUAAGUGAUCUCAAAUAAAAAAUAUUGCUUGAGAGUACAGUAGAUGUAUUUAAUAAAAAAAAACAUUAUUUACAUUUCAUGUGGGCCAAAGUUUGCCAUUGGCAUAUCAGGCAGUUGGCACAUAAGUCAAAGAGUAGAUAAAGGCAUAAAUAAUUACAUGGAAUUGAUAAGUUGGUUGCAUUCUUUAGCAUUUAUACUGUUGUAUGAAAGAUGUGUGUAUGGCCAAACAUUUUAAAGAAUUACUGGAAUAUCUUGGCUAUUUUUAUAAGAUACAGAGGUUUUGCCCAGCAGUGGGACCCAACACUAACAGCCUCGAAAAAAAGACUGGAUUUCCUAAUUUUCAAAACCUAAAAAUGUCUUUAAUAAUGAAUCUUAAUGGAUUUCAUUAUUUGAAGUUCAAAUUAAUAUAAAAAAUGUUAAACAGCUGAACUUCUUUAUACUAAUAUUUAUGCAAUAGACAGUCUUAUUGCAUGUGAAUACGAACUACUAUUAAGUAGUGUGAUAUUAACAACAAGAAUCUGCACAUUUAUUGAUUAGCUAAUUCACAAAACAGGUUUGCAGAGCUUCAUUCUAGCAAUCCUACACAUUUUUGUUGUUAAAUUAUAAUUUAUAAGCAACAGUGCUUUACAUUCAUUUGUAAUUGAGAAAAGUUAUUUGCUAAUAGCUCAAUAAGAAUCAACAAUUAUAAGAUUUGUUCAGUACUUCAGCAUCAGUUAAAAUCUCUAAUAAAAAAACGUCAUUUAAAGAAAAAAGAAUAUGAAAGACACUGUAAUUUUUUCAUGUAUAAUCAGUUGGACUAUAACCUAAAAUAGACAUUUGGUAACAUUCAUAUUUUAAUAUUCAAAUAUGCUCAGUUCUCUAUAAAGACAUUGACUUUUGACAUACAAUUUAUGAAUAUAUAUUUUAUUUUUGAAAUCAUUCAAAUAUUAAAAUUUUAUUGACUAUUUUAAAAGAAGAAUAGAAGCGACGUAAAUUCAAGAUAGUGCACUGUGUUUUAAAUUUAUUUUUUUUAAACAUAAGUGCACUUUUGAUUUUCCACACCAUCACAGUCUGAGAAUGUCACAAUUUUCCUACAUAAAAAAUCUUUGUAAAAUCAAGCUAUCCACCCACAUACUUACAUUUAAAGAAAUUACAAGUACUUUA